AUGGAAGAGCUUGAAGUCCGUGCCGAGGAAUAUCCCAUCACGCGAGCCUUUCUUAACUUUAUCACUGCCCUGGCUCCCCAUAUUUCUACAACACAGCCAAUCUCAAUUCCUUCCACUGGCUGGAAGGAUACAGAUGCUGCAGUCAUGGAAGCAACAGAAGCAGAAAGACUUUUCGGCUUGACCGGACCGAAUUUGGGGCGCUCGACUAAAGUAGGACCCAUGGCUUCGUAUAUUUCCAACCUUUCGCCUCAGGCGCUGCUCACCAGCCUAGUCAAUUGGGUGACUAUUAACGUCUUCCAGAAGCACGCUAUGCGGGUUUACAAGUAUCCAGAUGAGCAGGUUAUAUUAUGUGUUAUGAUUAUUUUGUUUAAUUUUUCUAAUUUCCACGUGUUUAUUGCCUGA